AAACCGAGAAGCCCAACCACGCGCCACCCAUCCACAGUCCAGACUCGCCGAGCCACGGCGGCGACGACGACGACGGCGCGAGCGACCAAACCUGAACCUCCGAACCCCUCUCUGCCGCCGCAGCCGCCGCAACCAUGUCUCAGAAGAAAUCGCGCAGCGGAGGCGCUGCCGCUAUCUCUGGGGACGAUCCCGAGGACCUCUCGCGCUCGCCCCCCCUCCAGGCCGUCCUCCUCGCUGACAGCUUCGCUCUCAAAUUCCGGCCCAUCACCCUCGAGCGCCCCAAGGUGCUGCUCCCGCUGGUGAACAUGCCGAUGAUCGAGUACACGCUCUCGUGGCUGGAGACGGCGGGAGCGGAGGAGGUCUUCGUCUUCUGUUGCGCGCAUUCGCACCAGGUCAAGGAGUACCUGGAGAAGGAAGGAUGGACCGGGAAGGUCGCGGCCGGGAGCAUCGCCGUCACGGCCGUCGAGUCGCACGACGCGAUCAGCGCAGGCGACGCGCUCCGUGUCAUGUACGACCGCGGUGUGAUUCAUGGAGAUUUUAUUCUCAUCAGUGGUGAUACAAUCAGCAAUAUGAGCUUGAAGGAUGCUCUCCAGGAACAUAAGGACAGAAGGAAAAAAGACCCACUUGCCGUUAUGACUAUGAUUAUAAAGCAGUCAAAACCUUCUAUCCUGACAAACCAAACACGGCUGGGUACUGAUGAAAUUGUUAUGGCGAUAGAUCCUGAGACAAAGGAGCUACUCUAUUACGAGGACAGGGCAGAUAGUUCACACUUGUAUGUGACAAUCGAUAAGGAUAUACUGACCAAUAAUCCUUCUCUCCAGCUGCAUAAUGACAUGGAGGACUGCUAUAUUGAUAUCUGCUCUCCAGAUGUCCUAAGUCUUUUUACCGAUAACUUUGACUAUCAACAUCUUCGGCGUCAUUUUGUGAAGGGCUUACUGGUUGACGAUAUUAUGGGGUACAAAAUUUAUACUCAUGAAAUAUGCUCAAGCUAUGCUGCAAGGAUUGAUAAUUUCAGGAGCUAUGAUACAGUGAGCAAAGAUAUAAUUCAAAGGUGGACGUACCCUAUUGUGCCUGAUGUGAUAUCCUUUGGUAAAUGCGUAGAAAAUAGACUUCAUCGGCACGGAAUUUACAAGGCAUCAGAUGUAACAUUGUCACAUUCUGCACAAAUUAGUGCAAAUUCUGUUGUUGGCAGUGCAACAUGCAUUGGAGACCAUUGCAAGGUAUUAAAUUCAGUUAUUGGGGAAGGCUGCAAGAUUGGGAAGAAUGUUUUGAUUAAUGGCUCGUAUGUAUGGGAUAAUGUCAUAAUUGAAGAUGGAUGCAAAGUUAGUAACUCAUUAGUCUGUGAUAGUGUUCAUUUGAGAGCAGGUGCUAUUGUUGAGCCUGGUAGCAUACUGUCAUUUAAGGUUGAGGUCGGAAAGAAUGUUUCUAUUCCUGCCCACUCAAAAGUAUCAUUACUUCGUCAGCCUUCAAAUGAAGAUAGCGAUGAGGAACUUGAGUAUGCUGACACCAAUUCUGGAGUUACAGAUAGUCCACCUUUUUGCAGCAUGAGUAAUGGCGACCAAGCUAAUGUUCCUUCUGAAGAAGAGGACGCAGGGACAUCCGAGACUGGGACCUGUGGUGUUGUUGGUUACAUAUGGACAAGCAGUGACACUGGAAUUCAGGAAGAAUGGAGACAAUCAAUUGCUCCAAUUCCUAAAGAAAAACUUGAAGAGUUGAAACGUGCUCUUUCUGUUGGAGACGAUGAUGGAUCAGAAGAUGACCCGAACAAUCCAACUGUACCACACAAAGAUGAUUCUGAGAGCAGCGUGGAUGAGGAUGAUGAUCAUAUUUCUAAGUUUGAGACAGAGGUUGAAGAGACUUUCCAAAGGGCGCUGGAUGGUAUUGAUCAAGAUAAUUUGAUACUAGAAAUUAAUGGGCUCAGGUUGGCUUAUAGCCUUCAACAUGCGGAUUGUGCUGGAGCUCUGUACUGUGCUAUCAUGAAGAGUGCUUUAGUGGCUGCACAUUCUACUAAUGGUACUCUUCUAAAGACAACAGCAGAAGCACUUGGCAAGUGGAAGGAUCUCUUGCGCAAUUACACCAAGACGGUUGAUGAGGAGAUGGAGAUACUAUUGAAGUUUGAGGAAAUGUGUCAAGAGACCACAAAAGAAUUUGCUCCACUGUUUUCCAAGAUCUUGCCUUUCCUCUAUGAUAAGGAGAUAGUAAGUGAGGAUGCAAUUCUGAGAUGGGUGGAAGAGAAAGAACAUGCUGACGAGUCUGAUAAAGUCUUUGUUAAACAAUCCGAGGCUUUUAUUCAGUGGCUCAAGGAAGCUGAAGAGGAGGAUGAAGAAGAGGAAUAACCCUGGAGAUUGCAUUCUUUUGCACGUGUGGCGAAUGCAGUAUCCGAUUUGAAUGGUCUCCCGGUGAGUUUGCAAUUGUCAAGUUUCGGAACAUGCUGUUUGUACAUCAGUACAGUACAAUUUUGUUUCUAACCGAUUGGGAAAGAACAGGAACAAGUUGCCCAUGAGCCAUGGGUUAAAUGAUUCCAUAGUGUAGAUAACUAGAUAUCCUACAAUUGUUUCAUCUUUGCUUGGUUGCUUCAUUGAAGUUUUCGACGCAUUCGUUUGAC